AUGCAUUGCCUCCGCUGGUGGUUGCCGCUUUUCAUCCUACCCUUGCCCGCCGCGUCGCCGUACCUGCUCCUGCUCUUUGUCCUUGCGUACGCCAUCAAGACAAAGCCUUGCGCCUACUGCUCCUUCAUCGUCGUAGGCCUCAUGAUCAGCACGGCCUCAUGGUACGAUUCCCGCAACCUCGUUCUGUCACCCACGUCUACCACCACCACCACGACUGCACCCCAAGCUGCUCCACCCGUGACGUGUCGCGCUUCCUGCCCAGCAGAGCCCGACCCAUUUCACCACCUGCUCGGCUCCGUCACGCCCGCGUGUGCAUUAUUCCCUCCUCCUCCUGCUUCUCGGUCCUCACGCCUGGCACAGCAGCGGAGAAAGAGGGGCAACCAGGCGAGCUACUACUGGCUGAGCGUCAGCCAUUUCGUCUGGAACUUUUGCGGCCACGUCGGCACAAAGAGAAGCAUCACCAGCAUCAGCAUGGUCGUUGUCACCAUCUUUGGCACCUGGUAG